UAAAUGUCAUAUUUCUCUCUCCUCUCGCUCUCUCUGUCCUAACUCUCCGCAACACUGACACUCCUGUGCUAUUCCAGCAGAGGAGAACAGCAAUUAUCAAGUAUUUCUGAAAAAGUUUUUUUUUGUUGCCUGAACAAAUUACUGAAAAUACAUGUGUUAGUGAACACAGAACAUGCAUGUGAGUGUGUGUACUAGCUGGCCUCUGUAUCUCCCUACCAAACUUCACAACACCUCAGAAAUGUGUAGUAACCUGAGCCAUGCAGCCAUCUGGGCAAAGCGCUCAAAGUAAACAGACUCAUGUGACUUGAGAAGAGAAGGAGGUUCUCUGGUCUCUGUAUUCAAACAGCAGAGAGGGCCUAAUGCAUAGCCAGGGUACUAUAGCAACAUGCCUGAUCAAACUAGCACACAACACAGUACUUUGAUGGAACCUGGAGAGACGGAUUCAUCAAGAUUGGUUGAUACUUUAUCAGUAACAUCAACAGUUCUACUUAUUAAAAUAAUUAAUCAAGCUGAUGUCCUCACCAUUGUGUGGUUGUGUUGUAUUGUAUAAUCAUAUAAGCUUAUACCCCUAAUAUAUUUCAGUGUCUAUGACUGCCAUAGGUAUUCAUAAAAAGAUCAACAAUUGAAAUAUCUGUUGAACAUGUUGGAGGUGUUUAAUGGAUCUGUCGAUUGUAGAACAAUAUAGAAUAAUUUUUGACAGAAUCAUUUGAUUUGGGAGCGAUGGAGUCAUACAACAGGGGUCCAUGAGGAAAACCUGAUUUGGGGUGGUGUUCAUGGUCUGACUAUAUGUUAGAGUGAGACCGAAGGCCGUUCUCUUCUUUCUAUCACUCUCCUCCCUCACCUGUCACAGCCAGCACCCAUGUGGCAUUCUAGAGUACUUAUCACUGCUAAGUCGUCAAGGCAACCCGCUAAAAUAAGGCCCUGACAAGGAGGUGUGAGAGUGACUGAGAAAAAAGGCAAGGAAAACAACUCUUUUACACCGGAGCCAAGCAAACCAGUUUUGUGGCAAUUUGACAGACAUUUAACCGUAUAUAUAUUUGGUUGGCUGGUCAAGAAUUUGCCUGAAAUUUUGACUAUUCUCACUAUGGAAGGAUAUCUCCCUGAUUAGGGGGCAGCAGCUGCGCCUCCCAAAUGUCUGGCACUGGGAAACAACAUGGGCAUAGUGGUGUCCAGGUGAGUGUAAGGUCUAACUGCUAGCUAUAGGCAUCUCAGCUUGUGUCAGUAGUCUAAUAUGGGUUGCCGUGCAUGCAUCCCUGAAGAAUAUAAUUCUGUUGGUCAAAUAUAUUGCUGAAUAAAUAAUACAUCUAAUGUCCUUUGUUAACGCUGGGUAAUGCAGCUCUGUCUUUGUGUAUUUGUCUCAGAGUGACUAACUGUCGUAUAGAACCAUCCAGAAAACGCAGCAACGCCUUGCAACCUAAAAACAACACCCCCUACAGGAAGGUCAAUGGUACUAUCAAAUCAUCCCAAUGUCACAGACUGACUCCAGUGCAGAGACAGACCCAAGGUAGGUUAUCAGCCCAUAUUAGAUCAAGUGGAUAUAAGAUUAAGUAUAAAUGUGGAUUUAAAGUUGUGACUGGAGUUAUCAUGAGGGGAUUUAUGAUCAAAGGACCACAAUCUGGGCCUCCCGAGUGGUGCAGCGGUCUAAAGCACUGUAUAGCAAUGCUAGAUGCGUUACUACAGACCUGGGUUCAUUCCUGGGCUGUGCCACGAUCGGCCAUGGCCGGGAGUCCCAUAGGACGGCACACAAUUGUCCGGGCGAGGGGAGGGUUUGGCUGAUGGGGCUUUACUUGGCUCAUCAUCAUCACGCUCUAUCGACUCCUUGUGGCGGGCCGGGUGCCUGCAAGCUGAACCCAGUCGCCAGUUGAACAUUGUUUGCAAUAUGCAUUUCGGCUCUGUGUGUAUGAUUUUCUCUGAUGUGUGUGUGUGUGAGCGCAGGUACAUGUGUGUGUGCAUACUGUUGUCCAGUAGUGUGUGAGCCUGAGGUGCAGGAGGUGUUAAUUCCUGCCUUCCCAGAGAGGGUGAGUGUGCAGCGAGGCUACAUCACCCCCCAGCAGGUAUAUAACCUGUUGAAUGCAGAGGCUGGACAUCCCGCUCUACAUGAUCCGAAUUACAUCCUCAUCCUGGACUGUCGCAGUGCAGAGAGGUACAAGCAGAGUCAUCUGGUUACAGCCAGGGCUAGUGUGACAGUGAUCCACCCAGAUCUGGGCUGUCUGAUCAGCUGUGUGCAGCUCCAGGAGUUCUCUAUCAUAUUGCUGUACGCUGAGGAGGGCCACAGCCCAGGUAAUACACUGCACACUCCUUUGCUACAACAUAGGGAGCAUCAGACACAAUCAACACAGACACUGUACAACCUCAGCAACACAAAAGCACCCUUCUAACCUUCACUGUGUGGUUGUUUUAUGUCCGUCUGUGUGUGUAUCAGUGGGCAGUGUGGAGGCUAGGGCAGCCUCCCCGUUCCUCCAGCGCUGCUUCUUCCAGCUCAGUGACCUGGGCAUGGACCCUGUCAUCCUCCUAGGGGGCUUCGCCGCCUUCCACACCCUCUACCCCUUCCUCUGCACCUCCCGCAUGGCUCUUCUAGAGCCCGACAGGUACGCCCUCACCAUCUACCCCUCUGAGAUCCUGGAGGGGGAGCUCUACCAGGGCUCAGCUGCCCAGGCCUCUGACUACCACAUCCUUGAGAACCUUAACAUCACCCAUGUGGUCAACGCUACGGUUGAAUACCCUGAUGCAUUUCCCAGCACCCUCAGCUACCUUAGGCUGCGGCUGAGCGAUGACGCCCAGCAGGACUUGGUGGAGGCGCUGCCCCAGGCGGCGAGGUUCAUUGCUGGGGCCCUGAGCAGCGAGGUUGGGGGUAGGGUGCUGGUGCACUGCAGCAUGGGGCGGAGCCGUAGCUCGGCGCUAACGCUAGCCUUCCUAAUGCAGCACCAGCGCUGGACACUGCUGCACGCCAUCCGCUGGCUGAAGGAGAGGAGAGCAUGCACGGCGCCCAACGUGAACUUCCUGCUGCAGCUGUUGACCUACGAGGAGCAGCUGUUCGGACGAAGGCUUACCUCGCUGGACGACAUCCGCCUGUGAAGUUAUGUGGUUUGCGCAGUGCAGUUUCUGUGCAUAAUUCAUGGAGAGGGAGGUGGACUGUGGACAGAGCCCACUGUGAUUCAAAUAAUGGCGUUUUUAAAGACUCAUUGGGAGAGUUGUAUGACCUUGAUGGUCUUAAUAACUUUAAGCUGUUUGGUUUUCUUUGUCAUUGUUGCCCUAGGUCUAGGACUGUAUUUUAUUAAGGGUUAUUUGAGGGAUGAUGUUUUUUCAGAACACUGGGACGCUGAUGUUGCAGCAUUACAGUGGAUAAGGGGAGAGGAAGUGAAUGUAUUUGCAUCAGUGCUGAUACCAGCUUAUGCAGAGGCCAUCUGUGUAUUCAAAGCUUGGUUAGAAACUUGUUCAGCUCUAAUAUUUUGUCUGGGACCUGGUAGAGCUACGAAUAAUAUAAACAUAUUUCCCUGUU